AUGUCGGGCGAACAGAAUGAGAAGUUGACGGAGCUUUUGAAACUGCUGAAAUUGAACAAUGGUGAUCUUUCCAAGCUGACGCAAGAGCAGAGAAAGGAAAUGAAGGAUUACAAGUUCUGGAAGACACAGCCAGUUACCAGACUAGACGAAUCCGUUCAAAAGGAAGGACCAAUUGAUAGGAAAAAAACGCCUGACGAAAUCUCGGAUCAACCUUUGCCACUGUUGGGAGACUUUGAGUGGUGUACUGUGGAUGUCACUGAUCAAAAACAACUAGAAGAUGUCUUCUUACUUCUAAACGAAAACUAUGUGGAAGAUCGGGAUGCCACGUUUAGAUUUAAGUAUACUCGCGAGUUUUUCAAUUGGUCUCUCAGAUCGCCGGGCUGGAAACAAGACUGGCAUGUGGGUGUGCGAGUAGGUUCCACUAAAAAGCUGGUAGCGUUUAUCUCGGCCAUACCGGUGAAUCUAAGGGUAAGAGAUAAUACUGUGCGUAGUGUUGAGAUCAAUUUCCUGUGCGUUCACAAACAGUUACGAGGCAAGAGGCUAACGCCGGUCAUGAUCAAAGAGAUUACAAGACGCGUUAAUAGAUGCGACAUUUGGUACGCCCUAUACACGUCCGGCACCAUACUGCCAUCGCCCGUGAGUGUGUGUCGGUACACGCACCGUCCAUUGAACUGGAGCAAGCUUCAUGACGUAGGUUUCACUCAUAUGCCGAGCCACGCCACCAGAAACCAAAUGAUUGCAAAGUAUACGCUGCCAAAAGCCACAAGCACGGAAGGCUUGAGGCCAAUGGAGGAAAAAGAUCUGGACGAGGUUCGUCUUUUGUUCGAGAAGUAUCAAUCCAGAUUUGAUCUUGUGCAAAAUUUUGACGAAGCUGAGUUUAAGCAUUGGUUCCUGGGCAACGACGAGAAGACCGCAUCCAAUCCCUCAAGCAAAGUCAUCUACUCCUACGUCGUGGAAAACCAGAAUGGCCAGAUCUCUGAUUUCUUCUCCUUUUACUCAUUGCCAUUCACUAUCUUGAACAACUCUGUUCAUAAGGAACUCGGAAUUGGCUACUUGUUUUACUAUGCAUCCGAUGCGGACCUUGAGUACGCAGACAGAUUUAGUCCGGAAGCAACAGCCGCGCUAAAGGAAAGACUAUGUGGGCUGAUGAACGACGCAUGUAUUCUGGCCCGCGACGCCAAGAUGGAUGUCUUCAACGCUUUAACAUCACAAGAUAAUGCUUUGUUCUUGGAGCCUCUCAAGUUCGGACCAGGUGACGGAUUCCUGAACUUCUACCUCUUCAACUACAGAGCAUUCCCCAUAACCGGUGGAAUCAAGGACGACAAGAGCUACGAUACCGUGAAACGCAGUAACGUUGGCGUAGUCAUGUUAUAA